UACAGGAACGCAGAUAUUUUAUCUCGUUGAUGAGGCCUUUCAGUCCGUUGGAAAAGGGGCCAAUAGUGUGACCUCAAUGCUGCACCACCACUUUAGCCAUCUUGGUUAUGGAGAGAGGAAUGUGGUCCUUCAUAUGGACAACUGUUCGGGGCAAAACAAGAAUAACGCGGUCAUAGGGUACGGCAUGUGGCGGGUUCUUACAGGCCUGCACGACUCUAUUGAGUUCAGCACCAUGGAGGCCGGUCAUACCAAAUUUAGCCCAGACUGGCACUUUGGAUUGUGGAAGGUGCGUUGGAGGAACACCACUGUCAACACCUUGGAAGAUGUUGUGGAGACAGUCAGGCUAUCAUCCCGCAAUGGGCACAACAUUCCCCACCUUGUACAAGAUCCGGAGAAUCCUGUCCAGUUUUACAACUGGACAGAAUUAUUGAAACCAGUAUUCAAGCCAAUACCAAAUCUGCUGUCAUACCACCACUUCAGAAUGACCUCUGACAAGCCAGGCAUAGUGUAUGUGAGGCGAUAUGCUUCGGAUGCUGAGGAGGCUGUGAAGAUCCUGAAGAAAGAUUCUUUCGUUCUGAAUGGAAUGCCCCCCCAACUGGAGCCACUUGACUUGUCUGCAGAACGCCAGUGGUACCUUCAUGACGAAAUCGCGCCACUCUGUAACUCAUUAUGUGCCAGUACCUGUACACGGCCAGAUGUACCGAAGCCGACGAAAUAACAAUGAUUUUAAAAUAGUUCCCCUGUUUUAGAUUGUUCAUGUUGUUUAUGUAUAUAAUGUAUGGUAACCAUGGAAACCUGACCAUACCUCAUUGUCAACUUCAACAACAUUAGUAUGUUUUUGUAAAACUCUUACAAUGACUCAAUACCAGGUGAAAUGAAAUAUAAUGCAGUGUGACAAGUAAUAUAAUUGAAUUUAAAAUUUAAUAGUUGUGUAUAUAAACUGAAAACAUUAAUUUAAUGUAAAUAUUUAUGUUAAGUCUCUUAGUCUUGGCUCUAUU